UUGCAGGACUUGGUUUCGCUGGACUGUUUGGAGUUGUCCUGGAUGCUGAGAGAAGAAAGGGCUGGCAUGGAAUUCCUUGCUUUUUUGCAUCCCUCCCACCCUCCUGCCGUCUUUCAUCCUGCCCUCACCUUCUCCACUGCACUUUCCCUGCAGACAUCCAGUGUAGAGGAGACAAAGGCAGCAGUCCUCAGCACUUCGAUUCUUCUGGUGGCUCCGACUUUGACGGCGGCGAGGCACCUCGUCUUUGGUGUUGACUUGAUCUCCAUCAUCUUGAGACUGCGUUUGCUGUUGAUCCAUCUGGCUGCCGGUGGAGGCCGUGGUGGUGAAGCCGGGGUAGGCAUGGCCCAACAGGGAGGCGUGGGGGUGACCCACCAGGACACCCUGGCGGUGCCCCCCAUGCCCAAGCACUCCGGCCUGAACGAAGACCUGGUGAAGAUCCUGCGCGAGAACCUGCUGCAGCCGGAGAGGCCGCGGGGGCACCGGCGGUCGCCCUCCUCCAUCUCCCCCCGCCUGUCUCCGCGCAACUCGCCGCGACUGCUCCGCCGCAUGUUGCUCAACAACAACAUCCACAAACAGAGGCGCUUCACUGUCGCACACACAUGGUGA